AUGGAGCAUAUGUCUCGGGGUUUGAAAAUGGAAUAUGAUUCCAGUUCAUUGAACUUUCGAGUCGACGACAAGCAACAAAAAAAAAAUGAAAAAGCUUAUUCAUUAAUCAAAUUAUUUUACGAGUUGAGUGGAACGGCUAGAUCUAACAGAAUGAAACGUCACGACAUGGGAAAUUGUCACAAGAGCAGACAACAAGACAAGCUUAAUCAGCACUUUUAA